AUGUCGUUCACCGGACAGCCCCUGCGACACCCGCUGGCGGAGAAGUACCUGGCAGCGGCGGACAACGUGUACGAGGACGGCUGCGUCGUGACGGAGCGUGGAGGCAUCACGCUGCCCAGGGACUACGUGCUGGACGGGCAGCGCAUUCUCGACUUCCCCGUCCGCCACGACGACGUCUGGGUCGUCACCUUCCCAAAGUCGGGUACGACGUGGACUCAGGAGAUGGUGUGGCUGCUCAUGAGUGACCUCGACUUCAAAUCGGCCAAGGAGAAGUGCAUCAGUGACAGAUUUCCUUACCUCGAGCACACCGCGCUGUUACCAAAGGGCUGCAGGGACGGCGCUGUCAACACCAUAGACAAGGCCCAGCACCAGCCUCCACCCAGACUCAUCAAGAGCCACCUGCCGCCCGUUCUGCUGCCCAAGCAACUGUGGACCGUCAAGCCCAAGAUUGUGUACGUCUGCCGAAAUCCGAAGGAUACUGCUAUAUCGUACUACCACCACCGUCGUCUGCUGAUGAACAUGCAACUCUCAGUGGACGAAUUUAUUGAAGCCUUUCUGGAGAAUGACCUGGGCGCGGUGAUACGCAAGACGGCCGCCUUCCUGGGCAAGAGCUUGACGGAGGAGCAGGUGAGGCAGCUGGAGGAGCACCUGAGCUUUAGCAGUAUGAGGGACAACCCGGCCACCAACUACAGCGCCGUGGUCCAGAGGCUGAGGGCCGGCAUCGGUCUGCCGCCAGCGCCUCCCGACCAGGCCUUCAUGAGGGAGGGCGCAGUGGGCCGGGCCAGGCAGCUCAUGUCUCCGGAGGUGGACCGCCGCUUCGACCAGUGGAUCCGGGACAACAUCCGUGGCACCGGAUACGAUGGCCCCAUCUGA